CAAGGCGCCCGCGGAGUCCCAACCGUAGAAAAACAAAACCCGGGAUAACAACAAAACUCUCAUUUUACAACGAAGUACGAACAAGAAUCCGUUUUUCUGUGCUAGAUUUUCCGUACGAGACCGAUUCUCGCUGUUUUCCGUCGCUCUUUGUGGCCUCUCGGGCGAUGUUGUUUAUCUGUAGUAACGGGGGCCUUGAAACCGCCCUCCCUUGCCCCAUUUCCUCGGUUGUUUUCCUUCUCUCGCCUGGAUUCUCCAUGUUGUUGCUGCAAAAGUGAGGACUCUCAAAAGAGAGAGGGGGGCUUCUCGGUGAUAUUACCAGCAAUAUCAGCGGUACACCCGAGAAGACGGGGAACACGGAGUCUCAAAUAGCUUCCGAAGAACAUAUCCAAGUGCCUUGCCCCCUCCCCUGGCGGACCCUCCGAGGAAAAAAGAAGAAGAAGAGGCGGUGGACGGGAGAAUAAUAGAGCCAAGAACAAGAUAAAUCCUACUCUCAUCGAGGAUCGUAACUGGGGCGGAUGACAAGUUACUUCGGCGAAUAAUAAAGUCAGCUUGUCAAUAAAACCCAAUGAGGGACACCCAUCAGUACUCGGGGACAGGAUUUGAGGAUUUUGAGGGCUCCGUGAUUGUCAGAUGGAAAGUUCUGUUAUCACCCAAGUGCAGAAAGAAGACGUCCAAGUAUCACCGAAAACAGGCCAGGUGAGCCGGUCUGCCCUGAAACAGCCUCGGAGCUGCAACAUCUUCAAAGCGCUCUUCUGUUGCCUCCAAGCUCAGGAUGGCCCCAAAUCACCACCACUGCCACUACCACCACCGCCGCCACCGCCAUCACCCACCCAGCAGGCCUUGCUGGAGUCGCAGGAAAAUGGGAUGGUUGUCAAGCUACAUGAACCCAGCCUCCUGCCUGAGGUGAAGGCCCAGGACCAAGGGAAGAUAUGCGUGGUCAUAGACCUGGAUGAGACCCUGGUGCACAGCUCAUUCAAGCCUAUUAGUAAUGCAGACUUCAUCGUGCCUGUGGAGAUAGAGGGGACCACACACCAGGUGUAUGUGCUGAAGAGGCCGUAUGUGGACGAGUUCCUGCAGAGAAUGGGCGAAUUGUUUGAAUGUGUGCUGUUUACAGCCAGUCUUGCUAAGUACGCAGACCCUGUGACAGACCUGCUGGACCAGUGUGGCGUAUUCCGGACCCGGUUAUUCCGGGAAUCUUGCGUAUUCCACCAGGGCUGCUACGUCAAGGAUUUAAGCCGCCUGGGCAGAGACCUCCACAAAACCCUCAUCCUGGACAACUCUCCUGCCUCCUACAUCUUCCACCCAAAUAAUGCUGUUCCUGUGGUGUCAUGGUUUGAUGACGUGGAUGACACUGAGCUGCUCAACCUUCUUCCUGUGUUUGAAGACCUUAGCCAAGCUGAUAACGUUUACACCCGGCUGGACCAGCUUCGCGGCCAUUAGCUUUCAGUGGACCUCCAGCGCGAGACUACUCCGCCUAAAAUACAGCCUCGUGUAUUGAGAAUAUAGACAUAACGGUUUCUCGACUGUGUUCUCCUCCUCUGUACACAAAAUCCUCUUGUUUAUAAAAUUGUAUUAGUACAGGGUUAAGGAAAUUCCAAAGCCUGGGGAAAAAAAAAAAAAA